GCUAUUUGAACGCCGCUGUGUCAGAGUUCAGAAGUGCUCGCUGAUUCUCGCUCCUGCUGCUUUUACCGAGACUUUUCCUCGUUUUUCCGCCGCAGUUCCUUCUCUAAACAUGUCCAUGGAGCUCCACGCCGUGCACCCUGCCACCGAGAACCCGCACCCUAGGGUGCUGAAGGGCGGGCCCACCGCCCCGGCCGCGGGGAGAGCCGCCCUGGGAGAGAUCAGCAACCUGGCGGCCGUUAACACCCUGGCGGUGCCCAAGCAGAAGGGCGUCAGGAAGGCCGUGUCCCGGCCGGCGGCCCAGAAGAAGCUGGUCCCGGUCCAGGCCCCCAAGGCCCCGGCGGAGGCCCCGGACCAGCAGGACCCCCAGGACCUGGUCCCGGAGGUCCCAGACCUCCUGGCCCCCCAGGCCGACGAGGGGGGGCUCUGCCAGGCCUUCUCCCACGCCCUGCUGGCCACCGUGGAGGACGUGGACGAGCACGACGCCCACCUGCCCGAGCUCUGCGCCGACUACGUGAAGGACAUCUACGCUUACCUGCACACGCUGGAGGUCCAGCAGCCCAUCAGGCCCGACUACAUGCAGGGCUACGAGAUCACGGGGAGGAUGAGAGCUCUGCUGGUGGACUGGCUGGUCCAGGUCCACGCCAAGUUCCAGCUGCUGCAGGAGACGCUGUACCUGACGGUGGCUCUUCUGGACCGCUUCCUGCAGGUGUGUCCCACCUCCCGCCGGCGGCUCCAGCUAGCCGGCGUCACGGCCAUGCUGAUCGCCUGCAAGUACGAGGAGAUGUACGCGCCGGACGUGGGCGACUUCUCCUACAUCACAGACAACGCCUUCAGCAAAUCUCAGAUCCUGAAGAUGGAGGAGCAGGUUCUGAAGAGCCUGCACUUCCAGCUGGGACGCCCGCUGCCGCUACACUUCCUGCGCCGCGCCUCCAAGGUGGCCGGGGCCGACGUGGAGACCCACACCCUGUCCAAGUACCUGCUGGAGCUGACCCUGCUGGACUACAACAUGGUCCACUACCGUCCGUCUGAGGUGGCAGCUGCUGCUCUGUGUCUGUCCCAGCUGCUGCUGCGGGGCCGGGCCUGGUCGUCCGUGCAGCAGCACUACUCCUCCUACGACGAGCAGCACCUGAAGCCCAUCAUGCAGCACAUGGCCAAGAACGUGGUGAUGGUCAACGAGUCCAAGACCAACUUCCUGGCCGUCAGGAACAAGUACAAGAGUGAUAAGCUGCUCCGGAUCAGCCUGGUUCUGCAGCUCAAGUCCUCCCUGAUCAGGAACAUGGCGGCUCCGCUGCUGCAGGACUGAGACGAACGGAACCUUCACUGGCACUUUAUUACUCCUACGGGAGAUGAUGAUUACCUCCCCGUCCACGGGAGAUGAUUAUUACCUCCUCUACGGGAGAUAAUUAUUACUCCCCGUCAAGGAGAUACUCUACGUUUUUACAUAAAUGUGUUUUUAAGCUUUGACCCACCGGCUCCGGCUGCAGCCGGAGCCGGUGUUCCGGUACGACCGGCUGCAGCCGGCCCGGUGCUCCGGUACGACCGUCUGCAGCCGGCCCGGUGUUCCGGUACGACCGGCUGCAGCCGGCCCGGUGCUCCAGUACGACCGGCUUUGAUCUGUUUUUAUUUUUUGUGGUUCUGGUUUGAAUAAAUGUUUUAAUUAAG